GCGGAAGUAUUCUACAAAAAAUAAACUAAAGAUAGUUUGGGGUGUUGCUUUGCGAUGUUUUCUACUUAUUCAGGCGUCCAUUUCUCGGAAUUUUUGUUCUACAUCACAGCACUGUGAACAGGCCCAAUGAGCUUCGGGGCCGACCUGCAGGGGCGGAUAUCCCAUGAAGCACUGGGGCGGCUGCAGGACGCGGAAAUACGUCUACUGGAGAACAUCAAGGCGUGUCUGUUGAUUCGGAUCCAAAGCGACCGACAGUAUGCAGCCUCACUCUCCAAGUUUGUCCAGCAAGCACACAAGGUGGACAACUCCGACUUCCUAGAGUGCUGCUGCUUCUUUAGGGCAUGGGACACCAUCGUUAAUGAAACUGACAAGCUUGUUAAUCAGUUGAAACAAAACAUUGAAACACUCUCGACAAAGAUUUCCGACGCUCUUACGUUUGUAAUCCACGAGAAAAAGGUGGCCAAGAAAUUCUACCAAGAUGGCCGAAAUAAACUGGAAACUGAAUUCUCAAAGAUGCAGGACGAGGUUCAGAAGAACAAACAGGAGUAUUCCAAGACGAUUGACAGGCUGAAGCUCGACACAGCCAAGUUCAUGGACAUCCAGACCAAAGGGAAGUCGGGAGGUAAACUUGAUGAUGCUAGGGCUAAGAAACAAAAGACGUUUGUGAAACUUCACAAACUUCACAACGACUACGUGAUAUCGGUGAAAGACGUGGUGGAAUAUCAAGAUGGCUACCUAGGUCGUUCUCUCCCGGGCUUGCUUGACUGUCACCAGGCAACACAAGAAGUCUACCUUCUACAAAGCAAGUAUGUUUUAACUGAAUAUUUCCGGUUGACAAAUCUCGCCAGCUCGGAAUACCUCAGCAUGUAUAAUACGAUGGAAUCUGACCUUGACAAAAUCGACCCUUCCAAAGAAUACACUGCCUCUUUUAUUUCAAAGUACAAAUCCGAACCGAUAGCUCGUUUGCCGUUUGAGUUUGAUGACAAGUUACUGGAUGAUUCCGUUGGUUGUCCCAAGAGUGAGUCACUGGAGCUGAAUGAUUUGACCCUAGAGAGUUUACAACACCGGAAAAGUGCUGUAUCUGAUGAACUGAAUGCAUGCAAGAAAGACCUGGAUCAGAAAAAUAGCACUCUUCAGCAGCUACAGCAGAAAGUCCAUUCACAGCAGACGAAAAUACAUGACAUCAAGUGUGUGGAACAUGUGAAAGAAUAUGUGGAACAUUCGAAAGCAUACCACAUGUGUAAAAAGGAGCUCUUGGAGCUGGAGGCAAGUGUGGGGAGACUAAACGCAUUGGAGGACUUUAUCAGCGGCCCGCUCGAUGAGCUGGGGGAUGACCCCCCACCGGCCACUCUUGACCUACAGGAAAACGGGGACCUCGAGACGUGUUCGAACAUUUCCUCAUCGUCAAUUGGCAAGAAGAAGAAGUUUUCUCUAGGGAACGUCCUGCGUCGACAGAGCGAGCCACGGGUCAAGUCUUCGAGUCGUAACAGCAUUGACCGCGACAGCAAAGAAGACGACGUUUCAGUAGAGUCGGCGUCAAAUGACAGCAGCUCAAAGCGUCAGGCAGCGACGCACAGCUAUGAGCAACAUGACCCCGCAGACAUGCAGGCCAACGGGCCGCGGUCAUCCAUGGCUAUCAUGAGGAGCGAGAGCUUGUUACAGGAUGUGGGAUUUCCGAAGCCUAAAGGACAGCUGCACCUGGAGGAGUGGUUUCAUGGGGUGUUACCGAGGGAGGAGGUGCAGAGACUGCUGAAUAAUGAUGGCGACUAUCUGGUGCGGGAGAGCAAGAACAAGAAAACAAACGAGACACAGUACGUCCUGUCUGUCUACUGGCAGGGCUACAAGCACUUCAUCAUACAGGGGAGUGAGGGUGGAUGGAGGUUUGAAGGCCCGUCACUUCCAACAAUAGGAGAGCUGAUAUAUCACCAGCACUGCUCUGGGACUCCGGUGACAAUGAAGUCACAGACGAUUCUGAAGAAACCCAUACUACGAGAGGAGUGGGAGCUGAUGAAUGACGACAUAUUCCUUGAAAUGAAGAUUGGAAAUGGUAAUUUUGGGGAAGUGUACAAGGGGCUGUACACACCGAGGAACCUGGUGGUGGCAGUGAAGACGUGUAAGGACACGCUGUCCGAGGACCAGAGGAAGAAGUUCCUGCAGGAAGGUCGGAUCCUCAAGCAGUACGACCACCCCAACAUCGUCCAGUUCAUCGGCAUCGCUGCGCAGCGCCAGCCCGUCAUGAUCAUCAUGGAGUUCGUGCCAGGUGGUGCCUUGUUGUCAUUUUUGAAGAAACAAGGUCGAUCUCAGUCUAGGAAGCAGCUCACACAGAUGUGCUCUGAUGCUGCUAACGGAAUGGCCUAUCUGGCCGGCAAAGGCUGCAUUCACAGAGACCUGGCAGCUCGGAAUUGUCUGGUUGGAGACGAGAAUGUUGUGAAGAUCUCCGACUUUGGAAUGUCCCGAGAGGAGCAGGAGUACACAGUGUCCGAGGGAAUGAAGCAAAUCCCUAUAAAGUGGACUGCUCCAGAAGCACUUAAUUAUGGUCGGUAUACGACUAUGUGUGAUGUAUGGAGUUACGGAAUCCUGAUGUGGGAGAUAUUCUCAUAUGGGACGACCCCAUAUCCAGGCUGGCCAAAUGCUCAGGCUAGGGAGAAGAUUGAAGAAGGUUACCGAAUGCCAGCGCCUUCGGGGUGCUCCGAUGAUGUGUACAGGUUGAUGAAGCGAUGCUGGGAAUACCAACCAGAGGAUCGGCUAAAAUUUGACGAUAUUUAUAGUGAACUGGAAAAAAUUCUCAAAAGACUAUGAUUUUCUAAAAUGACAUAAUAAGAAUUCUAUUGAUUAUUUAAAACGUCCGAAUGCAUCAUUCCUUCGCUCCUCUCAACACUGUGCCGUGUGUCAUUUCACUUGAUGUUGAGUGCUUUGUAGAGAUUUUCUUGCAUCAAUGCUGGCAAAAAAAAUAAUAUAUAUUACAUCAAUGUCUAGUAAAACUAAAUUAGAUUUAGAAGUGUUAACAGUGUUUUGGUCAGAUGUGAUCUAAUGAACAUCGGUGAUGAACUGCUGAAUGAAUUUAAUAUUCAAGGCUUUAUUGGAAUUGGUUGGUAACACAAAACGUGUUUGUAUGGUUACUAAAUACCAGCUAGUUUUUGUUAUACCGUGGAGGCUUGUCUUGUUUUGUGCUGCUAGACACCGCUGUACAGUAUGGUGCCUAAAUGCUGUUGUUGAGUCCUGAGUCACAUGAUGCCUGAAGACUACUGUGAGUCAUGUGCUGCCUUGAGACUGCUAUGCAUCAGUAGUUCUAUAUUGCUUGAAGACUCACAAGUCAUCCGAGUCUUAAUUGUUGCUGCCUGAAGACUAUCAUGUGCUGCUUCAAGACUUCCUUGAGUCAAGUUGGUGCUGCCUGUAGACCACCAAGUCAUGAGUCAUAUGGUGCCUUGAAUCGUGUAUGAGUCCUGACUCCUAUGCUGCUUCAAGACUCAUGAGUCAUAGAUUGAGUUGAUGCUGCCCUAAGACUACCAUGAGUCAGUUUACUGCCUGAAAACGUCAUGAGUUAAGUUGGUGCGGCUUGAGAAUACUGAGAGUCAUGAGUCAUGGUACAUGAAGAAAACAAAAGUCAUUAACUGCCUGAAGACGUAGCUGCUUGAAGGCCUGUCAAUCAUAUGCUGCGUAAGGCAUGUUUUGAGUCGCUGCUGCAUUCAGAUCACCAUUAGUCAUGUGUUAUAUGUUGCCUGAUGACUCUUUGAGUCAUGUGUUAUGCGCUGCCUGAUGACUCGUGAAUUGUGUGAUAUGCUGCCUUGAGAUUACCAUUAGUCACAUAAGAUUGCUUUGAGGUUAUCUUAUGACAGUUCCUAUAUGGACCAGACUGAGUCCUUUCUGUUCUAUGCAGGCUAGUAGACCUUGUGCUGGUAGAAUUUUAAAAACAAAUUUUUACAAAAAUUAAAUCUUUUUAAAUUAUUUAUUUGAUAUGCAAUUUGUUAAACCAUAUAUCUGGGGUGGAAUCUAUGAUGUCAUUUUUGUUAAAUUAUAUCCCAUCAUUCCUUGUUACAAACUGUGUCUUUGUCCAUCUGUCAGAUUUUCACUUACAGUGACUCAGGCCAGUGUUUUAGCAGUUGGAUCAGUCAGUGGAUAUUUAUAAAAUUUUAUAUAUUCUAUUUUAUUCCAAGGGAUAAAUUACAGCUCUUUAAAUGAUUGUUAUAAAUCAUGCUAUACCAAACAAUAUUUUUUAAAGAUUAUCUAUUAUUAUUAUUAUUUUAAAUUUUUAGGGAUUUUUUUUUUUUUUUUUAAUUUAAAACUAUUAUUUGUACCCUAUGUGAAUUAAGCUAAGGAUUUUUUCAGAACUGAUAAUAUCAGAUGGUGUUGGGAGACAGUUCAUAUACAUGCUCACCACCCCAGGGCCGUAGCUAGUGGUGGGGGCAGGUGUUUUUUUUACUGGUUGUUGAUAUUGACAUUUUAAGUAUAUAACCUCCCUGAAAUUGCUGCAAAAUGGUAUUUCAGAGCCUUUGAAAACUUCCAGGGAGCAUGCUCCCGGACCCCCUAGUGUCUUGCGCCUUCCAUGCUCAUUCGUUUCAAGAAUUCAUCUUCCAUAAAAAAUCCUAGCUGCGGUCCUGCACUUCCGAAAUGAAAUGUUAUUUGAACCAGGUAUGCAUAUGCAAUAAGUGGCAUACCCACCUGACAAAGUGAUAAUGACUGUGCCUCCCUGGUGACCAAUCUUGGUGCCACUCUAAUGAGAUUACGAAGGCCAUAAUUUAUAUAUUUGUUAUGUAAAUACUAAUUAUUUCAUUGUGUGUAUGUUAAUUUUUAAAAUCUCAUUUGUUACAUCAUCGGCUAAAAGCUGACUUUGCCCUGUUAACACUGUUUGGCAUCGUCAGUUGCAGACGAUAUUAGUCAUCAGGCUUUUAUUGCUCAAAUUUAGCUUGAUGGUCAUGGGUCUGUCUUCGAGAAGUUUUCCUUUAUAUACAUGUAAAAUUGGUCAUUUACCUUUUUGCUUUAAAAACAUAGAAGUACAAGAUACAUGUACAUGUAUACUGAUAAAAACUAAUUUUUAAUACUAUUUUUUAUAUUUUAUUUUAUUCUGUUCAGCAGUUAUUAUAUAUGAUGUUAAAAUAAUUGUUAAUGUUUAAAUAUCCAUGUAAAGGAUUAAAAGUUAGGAAUUUUACAUUCAAAUUUGGAUUAUGCAUGUAAAUUUGAAAAAAAGCGUUGUAUGUUUUGGGGAACGGUGCCGAAUAUCGAAGUCUAGCAUAAUUUCAAUUUUUUUUCAAGAAACUGUAAAAUGUCCCAAAUUAAACAGAAAUUGUGUUGUACUGAUUGCCAUAUUAUCUAUAUUUGUGGCAUAAAUAUUUCAGAUUUGAAUAGGAUUAUAAAAUAUAGCUGAAGCUAAAUGUGUUCAAAAAGCAUGUACAUGUUCUUUGACCUUCACCUAGUGAGCAACCUUUUUUUGCGUUAUGAUAAACCACCAAAUUUUAAUUUAUUUUCUGUUUCUGUUUGCCCCCUCAAUCUACAAUUAUACCAUAUCACAUGAAAAACCACCAAUGACUGGAAUAAACUUGAAAUGAACAUUCAAACUAAACUGAAUGAUGCUGCAAACUACAAACUUCUGUAGCUAUAAUGCACCAUGGCUAUAAAGUACAUUCCAAAUCACAGUUCUCUUCAUAGGAACAGCUUUUUAUUCUGAUUAAAGGUGCAAACUAGUUUCAGCCAUAGAAAAUGGAGACUAAGUUUAGAUAAUCUACAAAGCUACAACACUUUGAAUAAAGUUAUAAGAGAGAGAGGCUAACUCUGUACUGUUUAAAUAGGGAAAUAUUGUCUAAAAAUAACUAGAGCUCGUCUCGAUAACCAUUACUUCUCAGAUGAACAUGCAUUUUUAGAAUGAUUAAAAAUACAUUUUCGGGUAUGAAAAUCCUAAUAAUUGAGAUUUAUUUUGUGUUAUAUUGUUUAAAAAGUUUGGGUUUUUUUUCCUGUGCAUUACUAUUACUAAAUGAUUUAAAACCAAUGUUUUUUUAAUUCCAUUCCCAAUGUUGUGUACUUUAGGAAAUCACUUGUAUGUUCAUGUACAUGUUGUGUGUAUGUCAGCAGUGUAUGCAUUACAUGUCUUACUUAGUAACUACUGCUACUUCAUUAUUCAUUUGAAGCAAUAUACUUGGUAUCUUGUGUGGUAGAAGUGUGAAGCAAUAUACUUGGUAUCUUGUGUGGUAGAAGUGUGAAGCAAUAUACUUGGUAUCUUGUGUGGUAGAAGUGUGAAGCAAUAGAUAAACUGCAGAGCUCCAACUUACAUGUAACAACGGCACGAAUGGCAAUUGCCGUCAUUAAGAUAUUAAUUGCCAUAGGUCACCAACGGCACAGAAGAUGGCUCUUCAAUGUUUACACUGGUUUACAUUAUCUGCCAUUAUCAGUACAUUUAAAAUAUGUCUACAUACAGCAAAAUAAUCUUUCAGUCUUAUUUAUUUUAAAAUAGGCUGUUUCACCCACAGCAAUUUUAUUUUUAAAUUGCCCUGAGAGACAAAUUCUCAAGUUCAAUUCCUGAAACUGGUCAGAUGAAGUUUGUGUUUAAUAAUGUGUUUAACUUGAAAGAGAACCAUUUAUUAUUCAUCUCACAGCUAAGUGUAAUUAUACCAUUAUAUGUUGGAAAUUAUAUGCUGUCAUUCAGCCGUCAUAAUAUUAUAAUAUUUGUUUGUUGUUAAAAUUUGCUCAUUCUCUGAAAGUAUUAUGCAUUAUAAUUGUUAUUUUGUUAAUAUUUUUUUAGAUACCAAAAUAAUGUUUUUACAAAAAUAUCAGGAAAGAUUUCUACUCGCACCCCAUUCACAAGCCAACACUAUUAUUCUUUAUCUGUUUCACUCUGGGCUCACCUUGUACAUUGCCAAAUUAGCCAAUUGCUAAUUUUUUUAUAUAAAGUGGCUACAACAUUUGCUAAUAAAAUAUUCCUUAAAUUAACCACACAUUAAUCAUUUCCAAGGAAAAAAUGCUAAACAUUUGAAAAUUGGCUAAACCAAAAUUUGUUCCAGGGUGAGCCCUCUUCACCACAUAUUUACAUAUAGCCAUAGUUAAAAAAGUGUGGAGGUUUCCUUAACUAAUAUUCCUUUCCUUUCUACAUUAUUCCAUAGCACGUAUAUGGCCUUUUCAUAGACCAGAAGUGCUUCAUGAGUGCAGGUACAUCAGCCCAGUGUGUGUAUGUGCUGUCCGGUCUAGGGAAGGGGCAUAUAUGUUGUGAUUAGCUUCUUCUUACAUAUGCUCUAGGUAUGGUGUCAGAAUAACCAUGUGUAAUGCCUAAGUCACAUUUGCUCUACGGCUAGGAUACGGCGGCCGUACGCCCCUGAAAUCAAGAAAUACCUGCGGCGGCCGCAGAGGAUCUGCGGUGGCCUCAGGGUCACCCUAGGGCGUAUCCCUAUAUUUUACAGGCCGUAGGGGUCGCUGUAGGAUUAUAGCGCGGAGUUAUAACCUUUUUCAUUUCUAGGUUCGCCAUAGCAAUUCGACACGCCGUAGAGCGGUUCACGGCGACCAUACGUCGGGCGUACGGUGGCCUUGCGUUUGCCGUGCGGCUGCCAAAGGGUCUUAUGAAUUACAAUUGACUUUUGCGGACCCCUCAAAAAUUGCGAUUUCAUUAUUUUAUUUCAUUUUAUUAUGAUUUCAUUUUUCAUGCAACUCCGACAGAUGCACGAUAAUUGUAACAAGUUAAUUUUACGUCACACCGCUGUGUCACAAAAGUAUGGUCCCCGUACGGCCGCCGCAGGGACGCCCUAAGGCGACCGUGCGUCAUCACUUCAAAGGCCGUACGGAAGCCGCAGGUUUUCUGUUACCACAGAUUCAAAAUACGCCGUGCGGCUACCCUAACGUAUGUGACUGCUACAGGAUGUGACCAUGGGAAUGCUGCGGCGGUCCUAUAAUUGCUAUUGUCCGUAGAUAUUUUAGACCCCACGGCCGCCACGGCAAAUGUGACUUGGGCUAAUCGAGCUAGUUUAAAAUGAGCUGCAGUGUUAAACAUACCUUUGAUGGGGAAUAAUAUCCUUGGCUUGUGAAAAUAACCGUGGCCCAGCACAGUGGCCGAGUUAAACCUUGUAGAUCAUGAAUGUUUUUCACAGGUUUCUUAUAAAAUAUAGUGGUCUGAAUUUACAAAACAUGUUUUUCUUAAAUGCAGGUCUUUGAGCAUUAUACACAUAGUUACCCAUGUGUAAGUAAAAAAACAGGCUUUGUAAAGUCAUCACAAUAUUUUUUUAAUUUACUGUAUUGAACAUCACAAAACGGGGACAAAUUAAACAAUAUAUUUAGUGUUUCUUUAAAGUAAAUUACCAGUGCUUUCAGUAGAAUCAUGAUCUCCAAAGAAGGCAGCUUAUACAGGUAGCUACUGCUAAAACAUCGGACAUUUCUUGUAACGUGACUGAACAUCAUGGCCGAAUUUACCAAGCCUGGUUUAGACUUGCACGUGUGUGUACCUACAAACAUUUACAAUGCUUAAACACCUGCGUUUAAGAAAAACAGGCUUCGUAAGUUUGGCCUUAUAUUUUUUAUGAUUGGGGUUUUAACUGCUCCUUGAUUAUUUGGAGUGAUGUGUUUUAGGUCAGAUGAAGUCUGUAUAUUGUAACACGUUUUUGUAUGAAUGACCAUGAGGUUACAUGUAUGCCUUUAAUAGACUUCAUGUCAAUAAGAUGCAAAUUGUAAUGUGCUCUAACCGUGUCUGGUUUCAGUGGUUUCCUAAUAAUGUUGGGUAAAAUAGAAAGUAUACACAAAUAUUUACUCACAUACCACAUAAAAAAAACCCAGUAAUAAUAAUAAUAAUUUGUUCUACUAGUAGAUACAAUUAUUUGGUAUUUUGUAUGGACAUGAUAUUCAAGGUACAUGUAUAAUCUUUACAUUUAAAAACAAAUUAAUUAAUUAAUUAAUCAUUUGGGUAUUAUGUAACUUUGAGAUAGUUUUUUUAACAAAUCUAUACACAGAAAAAAUACCAAGUGUAAAAUAAUGGCAUAAAAUUUAGUUUUGUAUGUGUAUAUAUAUAUAUAUAUAUACACAUACUGAAUGGAUUGUGUAAAUACUUAUUCUAUGUAAUUUUAUGAGAUAUUUUAUGUACAGUAUGUAUUUUGUUAAAGGUAUAUCAGGUUUGUAUGUUUAUCUAUAAAGAUGCAUGAGCAUGUAUAUAUAAAACUGCUGUUAUGAUGUAAUAUAAAAUGAUCUACAUUUAUUCAAGUGUCUGGUUAGAGAAUUAUAUAUUAUUUUUACAUUUAUUUCUAGAAUGAAUGAAUGAUUGAUUGUUUGUUAUAGGAAACACAUACAUUAAGAAAACUGUCUUAUCAGAGUUGCUCCAGAAUGUACAAGGGAGGGGUAGUGUGGGGAGGAGAGGUUUUGUUGGGAUGUUAGUUUUUUGGAGGGUUUUAAUGACUUACCAUCUAAAGAACAAACCAAACCCCCUGACCACCAAAAAAAAAGAACGAAACAAAACGACAAAACAAUAACAAAAAGCAAAACAAAUAAAAACAACAAAAACAAAUCUGCCAAAAGGUUUAAUUUCCAUUACAAUCUUAUUACAGCAGACUCACUAUAAAAACAAAUUAGGAUGAACCUGUUCUAUCAUUUACCUCACCUAACCACCCACCCACCCACCACCUUUCCAACCAUAUACUCCCCUUUCCCCUGUCAUGUGAUGCAGGCCAUAGUACGAUAGUAGUGUGUUUACCAUCAUUGUGUUUUUACCAGCAUUCCAUAUGUGUGUACAUGUAAUGUCUGUAUGUAAAAAAGUACAUACAAAUGACUGGUUACCACUGUAAAAUACUGUCAUAAUAAUGCAGUUGGGGGAGGGGGGAGAUGUAGUUCAGUGGUAGAAUGCUCGCUUGAGGUGCAUUGGCCAUCAUGGGUCAGAGGAUUGAUCCCCACCAAUGGAAUCAGGUUUCCACCAUUCCAACCAUUGCUACAUGUAUAUGCUUGGUACAUCAAAAUAUGUGGUAGGUAUUGUCUUGCGACUUGGUGGAAAUGCCAUAUGUGGCAGUAGCUGGUUUAUUAAAAUAACCAUGGUAGACACAAAUUGCUAUAGUAUAUGUGCUGAGGUGUCAUUACACAAACAUUCCUUUCCUUUCUUUUAUAUGACACUUUCUGGAGCAACUCUUGACAUAUUUUAAUGAUGGAAUCAGUACUUAAAGGGAGAUAACCCCCUCAGUCUAAAACUGGGGAAAUAGUUAUCACAACUUUCUAGUAGGUAUUCAUAGAUAUUUAUUUCCAUGUAUUUAAAAAAUAUGAUUAAAAAAAAUAAAAAAAAUAAAAAAAAUAACACCAAAACAUUUUGAUAUCAAAUCGAUCUGUUAGGUUGUUUGCUUUAGAGCACAAACCAUGUUUACUUUCAUGUUGAAAGAAUUGUUGUAUAAUGUUACUAAUAAGCACAAUAUUGACACAGCUUUUGAUCUCUUUGUUGUCUCGGCCUCACAGUUACAAAACACGGCCCAAUUUCACAAAACAUCAUCAGCCUAGUUUGCAUGUAAACGUAAAUCUAUGACGAAAUCAAAUUCUUAUUUCUAUUAACAUUAUAACAAAUAUAGUUUGAAGUACACAUAUUUCAUUUUCUUUUGUCCUUAAAAUGCUCCAUUUUUUUUUUAAUGACAUGAUUUUCUUCAUAAAAUAGAUGUCACACACUUGUAAAUAUAUGCCUGUUAUAACUGCUAGUCUUGGCCCCUGGAUAAUAAUACAGAACACAGCAGUAAUGUUGGCUAAGAAUGUGUAGUGAUUAAAUACCAGUAUACAUGUACUUGUUAUCUAGGAGUUCCUAGAACCGUCAGUUGCUGGUUCACUGCCACUACAUGUACUUCUACACCUUAGUUUAGUUUCACCCAUCACUUGUGUUUCUCUAGGCAAUGAAACAAUACAUCAUUGAUAAACUUUUUGUGACCAGGGUGUGCUGUUGAUUAAAAAAUAAAAAUCAUACCUUUAAUAAAUAUGUGGAAAUUUAACUUUGAUUCUAAAUUACAAGAUUUAACUUAAUAGUGGAGGUUAUUCUUCAUUAUGUGGUUAUAUACAUUUGCAUAAUUAUCAUUCUGAUAUUAUUAUUUUAAAAGGAAAAAACUAAACGAAAAAACAACAUUUAGUGUUGACAAAACCAAGGGAAGACAGUCGACUGGAAAAUAGAAUAUGAAGGCAAACAAAUGUUGUAUAUUGCCUGCAUUGAACAUUGUAAACACAUUUCCGUAGAUGUACAUUACUUUUGGCUAGAUCAGUGGUUGAAAGCAUACAUACAUUUUAUUUGUUUAAAUAUGUUAAAUUUAUACUCUAACCUUUCAUUUAAAAACUUUAACCUUCCUCAGGGGAAUACGAAAACAAAGUUGUUUUGAGGCUAAAAUCAGAUUGUAUGGGCUUUCACGCACCUUGAAGCACAAGGCAUGUACACUGUCAUCAUAGGCAAUUGGUGAAGCACAAGGCAUGUACACCGUCAUCAUAGGCAAUUGGUGAAACACAAGGCAUGUACACCGUCAUCAUAGGCAAUUGGUGAAACACAAGGCAUGUACACCGUCAUCAUAGGCAAUUGGUGAAACACAAGGCAUGUACACCGUCAUCAUAGGCAAUUGGUGAAACACAAGGCAUGUACACCGUCAUCAUAGGCAAUUGGUGAAACACAAGGCAUGUACACCGUCAUCAUAGGCAAUUGGUGAAACCGACUGGAGCAAUAUCUGGCCCAGGUGACUAUUGUUGGGUUGUGCAGUGCAGCUAUUGCAUGUAUUACAUGUGUGAUCACAUCUUAAAGUCACUGACUACUUUUCUUGGCAUGUGUCUUUUUUUUCUUCUUUUUUUCACAUAAAAUUAAUUCUGAGCAGCUAUAAAUAUCAGAACAACGAGAAACGUAUUGUAUUUGCAAAACCUAAUCAAUGAAACGAAAAAUUGUAAGCUAUUGGCAACAAAAAUACUGUUAACAACUAAAAAUGUUUAACACUGCUGAAUAUGUUGGGUCAGUAGUUUUAAUAAACAGGAGCCCCAUUUUAUGAAGCAAAAAGACACCUUAAUUGCCUAACUACCUUUUGGCAUUAAGAUCUCUUCUGAAAACAGGGCCCUAGCUGGCUUGUAAAUAACUAGAUUCUGUGACUGGUGUUUGGUGAGACAUUUGUUCAUAAUUUCGCACCUUUUGUGCUGUGCUUUUGUUAAAAAUAAGGUGAAUCAAAAUCUACCCAUAACUAAAUUGGGUAUGUUGUUGUUAGAUUUGUACUAAUGUUGCUGCAAUCCUUAAUCAUUAACAGAUCUCAUUUUAUACGACAUGUUUGUUUGGCUUGUUUAGAAAUGAAACAGAAAAAUAAAAAUAUACAAAUGUC